UUGCCAUUACUUACAGUUUCCGUAUCUAUACACACUCCCAAUACGACACCGUACAAGUGGAUAGAGCUGCCCCCAAAAAUCCCAGCCUUUUCCCUGCAUUUUCGUCGUGUUCUUGCCCUAAGCUCAAUCCGAGGUCUGAUCAGCGGCGAACUUUUGAGAUUUCGGUAAACAUGUUUGGAUUUUCGAGAAGAAGAAUGAAGCUUGGGAGAUUAAAGGUUCAACUAUCUGACACUGCACAGGGGACGAGAAGUCCGAUAAGGCCCACCAAGCGAUUUAAUAGUUCCAACGGAGAAGGUGUUGCAGCCGUAAAUAGUGAAGCUGAUGAUCUGAAUUUCCAUUCUUCAUCUAAUGGGACGGAACUUAACAACUGCGCUUCAGGUGGCUCUGAGAAUUGGAUGGUGCUUUCCAUCAGUGGAGAGAAGCCUACACCCCGGUUCAAUCAUGCAGCGGCAGUCAUGGGGAACAAGAUGGUCGUAGUUGGUGGUGAAUCUUCAAAUGGUUUGCUGGAAGAUGUCCAGGUACUCAGUUUUGAUAGAUUUUCGUGGACUCCUGUUUCGUCAAAGCUUUACCUUUCUCCCACUAGUCUUCCUUUAAAAAUCCCAGCAUGCAAAGGCCACGCAUUGGUUCCUUGGGGCAAGAAAGUGCUUCUUAUUGGAGGGAAAACCGAACCAGUAAGCGACAAAGUGUCAGUCUGGGCAUUUGACAUGGAAGCAGAAUGUUGGUCACUUAUUGAAGCGAAGGGAGACAUACCGGUUGCACGUAGUGGCCAUACAGUUGUAAGGGCAAACUCUGUUCUAAUCCUAUUUGGAGGUGAAGAUACAAAAAGGAGGAAACUCAAUGAUCUCCAUAUGUUUGAUCUAAAGUCUCUAACAUGGCUUCCUCUUCAUUGCACGGGUCCAAGACCAUGUUCCAGAUCAAAUCAUAUCGCUGCUCUUUAUAAUGACAAAAUGCUAUUCGUUUUUGGUGGGGCAUCAAAAUCUAGGACCUUGAAUGAUUUGUACUCUCUUGACUUUGAGGCGAUGGUAUGGACAAGAAUCAAAGUGCGAGGAUUUCAUCCAUCACCUAGAGCUGGUUGUUGCGGAGCACUAUGUGGAACAAAAUGGUACAUCACAGGCGGUGGUAGCAAGAAAAAAAGGCCUGCAGAGACCUUGAUAUUUGAUGUUUUAAAGUAUACAUGGUCAGUUGCUGUUGCAUCGCUUCCAUCUUCCAUCACUACCAACAAGGGUUUUAGUCUCGUUCUUGUGCAGCAUAAGGAACGAGAUUUCCUUGUUGCAUUUGGUGGUACCAAGAAAGAACCAUCAAACCAGGUUGAGGUACUUAUCAUGGAAAAGGUUGAAUCAUCAAUGAUCCGAAGAUCGACUUUGAGUAAAGUUGCCGGAACCUUGUUGUCCGAGAAUAAUAGUAAUAACAAUAACAAUAAUAAUAAUAACUCAGCCUCCACAGGAUUGUCCGCUCAACCAGGCAAUGCUUCUAAUAGUAGUAAUUUUGAUACUGUCUCGAGACUUAAUUUGGCAUCCGCUAUCGAACAACAUGGAUCUGGUCGAAAAUCCCUAUCAGAAUCCCUACUUGUCGACCCAAACUCUGCCCCUGGCAAUGUCUCUCUCCGCAAACAAUUUUAUAACGAGGAGACUGCGGACGUUACCACAACAAAGAGCUCAGAAGACAAAAAUUCAUUUCGGAUGAUGGAGCAAGCCACAAAACCACUCGACUCGGGCGGUGGAAAUGCAGAAGAAACAUCUCCCGUUGCUGAAACUGAUAAAUCGAGCCUUGACAAACAAGGAAGUGGAAGUCUGGGAUUAGAAGGCGAAGAACUCGUAUGUCAAGAAACCAACUGUAGAUCAAGAAUAACAGCUUCCUCAGGUGUUUGCCAGACACACGAGUCAAAACUAGCGAGCCUUUUAAGAAAGAACGGCGUUCUUGAAGGACAACUGGCAGCUGCGAUAGCUGCUCGUGAGGCAGCAGAGAAAAACUCAUCAUCUGCCAACAAAAGUCGACAGGAAAUGGAGAAAAGAUUGGGAGACGCAAUGAAGGAAAUAGAGUUGCUUAAAGAGAAGCUAGUCAGCGUUGAGUUGGCACAGGAGGAGGCUAACAGCCUCUCUAACAUUGUCCACUCUGACAACGUGAGGCUAGAGCACGACACGGCUUUCCUCAAGGCUGUCUUGGAUGAGACACAAAAGGAGCUACAUUCGACUAGAGGGGUCCUUGCUGGGGAGCGUGCAAGAGCAUAUCAGCUACAGCUCGAAGUUUUCCAUCUGAAACAGAGGUUACAGUCACUCGAGAGUCGAGCACCGACGCCUAGGAAACCUUACCAGAUGUAGUAUGUAUGUAAUAUCGUUUAUUUAGGAACAUGAGUCAGAUUUGUCACAUUUGUAGUGUAUGUAUGUAUUUUCGACGAUGUAUAUAUUAUUCUGCCAAGCCUCAGAAUUUUCAAGAUCGUUGACACUUUCAAUGUAGAAUUUGCAACUGAGACUCGGUGAAAAUGAUCACAUUUUGCAUCAA